UUGCGUUUUGAUUCAGAAGUAACCUUUCCAUUUUUCAGAAUUCUCAGUGACAAUCAGUUGAGUGAAUUACAUAAGGACUCAUUUGAAGGCCUGCUAUCCCUCCAGUAUUUAGAUUUAUCCUGCAAUAAAAUACUAUCUAUUGAAAGACGUACAUUCGAAUCACUACCUUUUCUGCAGUUUAUAAAUCUUGGCUGCAAUCUCAUUACAGAACUGAGCUUUGGAACAUUUCAGGCCUGGCAUGGAAUGCAGUUCUUGCACACAUUAAACCUCAGUCAUAAUCCUCUGACAACUGUUGAAGAUUCUUAUUUUUUCAAAUUGAGAGCAUUAAAAUAUUUAGACAUGGGAAAAACCCAAGUGACACUAAAAACAGUUGAGAGCAUCGUCAUGAUGAGCCCCAAGUUAGAAAAACUGAUUUUACCAAUCCAUAUGACCUGCUGCCUCUGCCAAUUCAAAAAUAAUAUUGAGGUUUUCUACAGUACAGUCAAGCUGCAUUGUGACAGUGAAUGUCUGACAAACAUCGCAUAUUGUGAUGAUGAAACAUCUAUAGGGAACCCAGAAGGGUCAUUCAUGAAGGCAUUACUAUCCCGGAAGGAGAGUAGCAGCCCUGAGCUGACUAUCGAGCCAGAGAAGGCAGCCGCAGACAAAAAUGCCAUCAGUUCGUCAGCCUUCAAAAGUGAGCAAGGAGACUUUAGCAAGGAAAGUGUUGUUAGUGCACUUGGAUACAUAUCAUCUUCUUUCUCUGGACAGAUGGAAGGUGCAGUUUCAGCAUUAUUAAAAUUCAUUAAACAACUUCUUUCAAACUUACAAGGAGGAGAUGAGCCUGUGGGGCAUUUGCAAAACAACGCAGAGAACACUUCUCUUCCACCUGGAUCCACCAUUUCAGCUGACAAAAAUAAACAGAAAAUAAUCUCUGAUCUGGAAGAUAUCAUAGAUGCCAUGCCUCUACGUUCCAAACUUCCGAAUCCCAGAUUUCACCCCCAAAUCUCCACCGAAACAUUGGAAACUGCCCAAUUACAAGAAAACAGCCUACCAGACAUUCAGAGAGUAGGGAGGAGGCCGGGGCCUUUGAAGGUGGUCAUCAAGGGCCCAAAGGGCAUUCGGAAGAGGCAACGCAGACAAAUGACGAAGGCUGGCAUCAACGGGAAGCAGAGGGCCCAGCUCCUUGCGGAGAGCACGGCCGAGGAAAAAGGGCUCACGACGGCAUCCCCAAGGGCGCCGGAGCAGCCUCACGAGCAGCCCCCCAGGGAGACCGCAGAAAGCUCCUUCAACCCCGAGUCUUCAUUCCGAGGGGAACAGGAGGCAGCCGUCCCUUCUGUCCAGUACUUGAUGGGCACGCCUUCUGCUUCCAAUACUCCAAAAUCUCUACCUGAGAUUAAACUAAAACCGAAAGACCUAGCUGACAGUAUUUUUGUUUUAGAAGAUGCAAGUGCUGGCAUUAGAAAUAUGAAGGCUUCUGAACCAACCUCACACUUCAGAGAAAAGUACCUCUUUCCAGAAUCUUUGCGGCAUGCGGGUCACAAAAUACUCAAGGCCAAAAUGAGUAGACAGUUCAGCAGUAAAGGUUCACACAAUAGUCCGAUGGUGGUGAACAAGCCUCCAUUCACUGUAAUGAGCCUUAUAAACUCCCCUUCACAAGAGGCUUUUUCAUCGUCAGAACUGACUUCUCAGAAAAAUCACUUUCCAGAUUUAUUUUCUCUUUUGGAUCCAACUCCCAAACUGACCACGGAAACACAACAGGAACACGACAACGUGGGCACUGACUUAGCCUCCACAUCCACAGCCUUCCCUUUCCCAGGGAGCUCAUCUCCAGGUGACCACCCAGAAGCUCAGCUAAACGAGCAGCUGCGGUCCCUCAUCACCAACAGUGAUGUGAGAAGGCUCAUUUCUCGUGUUUUCUGGACUUUGAAAAUGGGCUGCUCGGAGACCCACCUGAAACCAGCCUGUGCCAAGCUCAUCUUCGAAACCGGCCUCCUGAUGAAGCUUCUCAGCGAGCAGCAAGAAGCAAAGGAGCCCAGGGCAGACUGGGAUACAGACCAGAGGGAAACAGAAAACUACAUCCACGAGAGUCCAGAAGCCCAGAGUGAACAGGAAGAGCAGGAGUUCCGUGAGUUCCCAAAAGCUCUGGUGCAUGGGUAUCAAAUCAAAGUCAUCUUGGCAUUGUCAGUGACAGGAGCAGUGCUGUUGUGGAUUAUAGCUUUCUGCCUCAUUAAGAUGUUCUCCUGUAGAAGAGCAGCGCUGGAUGAAGAAGGAGGCUCAAGGGGCUUCUUUCCACUUCCAUAUAAACCCUCAGAAGAGCAUAAGAAUCAGAAGACCUUUUCCUGGAGAAGGCAGCUUUGGCUCAGGUAUAUGUACAGAACCAUCAGUCCCUCACAUGAGAAAAACCUGGCGCAGAAGCUACUUGAGAAGGAUGGAAGGGAACUCAGUGAAGUCAUAAUAGAGAAGAAUGUGACUUCAGGGUCGGGUGACGAAGGGAAGGGAGCAAAGCACAAGAUACCAGCACAGAGGGAGCCCCAGCCUGCCCCAGGCCACCUACAAUAA